CCAUUUACAAAUAUUAUGGAAAAAUGCGUUUUUGUAAAUGAAAUUGGUAGCAAACUUUUCGAACGACACGAAUCGGAUUCGACAAUUCUUGGUCUAUCUCAAUUAACAACUGUUGAAGAUUGGAAAAAAUACCAACAGCAAAUUAUCAGAUCGUGUUUUGAUUGCUGGGAAGAAGAUGACGGUAGUCAAUUAGAAACGGAUGAAAAAAUUUCAUUGAUCAACAACAAGUCAAAAACGGAUAGAGAAAUUAAAAACGAGCUAUUAAAAUUUUGUGAAAGCAAUCAAGUUUGUAGUAAUAGUGUUGACGAAUCACUAAAAUCUUCAACUACAGCAGUAGUUAUGGAUAAACGCAAGAAUUUUCCUAAAAGAAAAUCUAAACGUUUUUCGUUUUAUAAGUAUACUAGAAGGCUUAUCCGAGAAAAGAAACCUAUUUCUUGGUCAUCGACGCAAGAAACGGAACCGUCAUUUUCAACACAAAGUAGUUAUGCUCAAAAUGGUACUUUACAAUGUCGAUGCUCCGCUGAAGAUCUGUGGAAAUGUAAAAAGUGGUUCGAUUCGAUUGAAAAAAUUCCGAAUCUUCCACCACCACGACUUGGUCUAAGACCAGGAUAUCCAUUUGUCUGUCCAUCUCCUGCAGUAUCAGUAGCGAGACAUGAACGACUAGCAAAGCGCAGAGUAAGAAAGUUUAUAGAUCACAUCAACUUGGACAGGCCGCUUGUCGUGUCAAGUAGAAAUAGAUUGCGAUCAACUGAAACUCUAGGUACAUCAGAUAAGUUUAAGCGAUUUUUUAGAAACGUUUUUCGAAAAAAUCGUACGAAUUUGGAUCCACAAUUAUUGGCUCAAUCUAUUGAGUAUGCUAGCCAAGAAUUGAAAAAAUGGUAUUCGUUGUUACAGUGCUUAGAAGACAUCAAACAUAAUACCGAAAGUACUAAUAAAAUUAUAGCGACAACAUCAACAAAUGAUGACUCUAUAAAAUAUAAGUUCUCCGAAAUUGUCAGCAAUAAUAAUGGAAAAACUAAGGAUAAUGAAACAGGCGAUGACAAAAAUUAUUGUGGAAAUGUGGAAACUAGAUUUUCAGACAAUGUCGAUCGAUUAAACGGUAACGAAAGGUUAGAAAUUAUUAACUGGUCGACGGGUCAGCGAGGAUUGCGUCAGACAAUUCAGCGUAGUCUUUCAGACACAGAUUUACCAGCUAUGGCAUUAGACUAUGAAAGAGCGUUUGGCACUAAAAUAGUUCGAAUUAGUCGAAAAACAUUAAUGCCUGAAGAAGAUAGAAACCCGGAAUACUUAAUAGAUGAUGAGCAUGGUGACGGCCGAAGGGAUGGCGUUGCAUUAGGUCUUUGGAAAGAACACCGCGAAUGUUUUCGGACAGCUGUUGCUCGGUUAGAAUUUGUUGGCAGUACAUUUAAAGAACAGUACCGUUUAACCGGUCUGAAGGCUCUUUGUAAAGUAGACGUGCUAGCUGGUUUCGGACGGUCGGCUGAGGCUGUUGAUCUGUUUGUCUCCUUACUUCCACUUAGUAAGAACCCAGAUUUGAUGGUUCGUAAAGCUGAGGCUGUGUACGAUUGGAAAUUUUUUUGUCAUCUGUGUAUGUGGCGACAUUCUUAUAAAGAUUAACAAGAAAUAAUCACUGAUAUUUUUCUUAAUAUUUAGUUGGUUCAAUUAUUAUAUAGAAUACUAUUUGUUCACUAAUUGUAUAACACUUUUCCCGAAUAAUUAUGAUUUAUACAAAAUUCAGAUUUAUGACACAUCCCUUAUAUGAAUAUACACACCUGUAAAUUUUUGUACUGAAAUAGAA